CAAAACCUUUCGUGAGGACAGUUUUAAAAAGAAAGAGAACUUUUCAACCGUUGAACGCCAUUAACCAAUCAAUCCUCGACGUAGCGUGAAUCCAAAGCGUUCCCCAUCGUCGGAGUGGAGGAACCGAUAUGGCCGACGACACCGUCAAGGCGGAGGCUCUGCAGAUUAUUGGCAUGUUUCAAGUUCUUCCCAAAUUGGUAGUCUUCGACCUCGAUUACACUCUCUGGCCAUUCUAUUGUGAAUGUCGCUCCAAACGUGAAAUGCCAUCUAUGUAUCCUCAUGCCAAAAGCAUAUUAUAUGCUCUUAAAGACAAGGGAAUUGACCUUGCCAUUGCUUCUAGAUCACCAACAUCUGAUAUUGCCAAGACGUUUAUUGGUAAAUUGGGAAUUGAGUCAAUGUUUGUAGCUCAGGAGAUAUUUUCCAGUUGGACACACAAAACAGAUCACUUCCAGAGAAUUCAUUCUCGGACUGGUGUACCAUUCAAGUCUAUGCUAUUCUUUGAUGACGAGGACCGUAACAUUGAAACUGUUGGAAAAAUGGGAGUAACUAGCAUUCUUGUUGGCAAUGGAGUUAAUCUUGGGGCACUGAGGCAGGGGCUCACAAGUUACUCCCAGAAUGUGAAUAAGAUUGAGAAGAACAAGAAGAAAUGGGCAAAGUACACACAGAACUCAUCUUCAUCAGAAAAGACCGAGUAAACGUGAUUAUAAACUGUGAGAUUAUUAUUAUUUUCCCCAGUAUUUGGGGGGGAUUGUUAUAUAUUUUCAGAUGCAUUUUCUCAACUGCCUUAAGAACGUUUAGCAUAUAUUUAUUUAGGCUCCUAGAAACCUUAAUUCAAUACUUUGAUGCUUAAAAGAAUAUAUAGUUGAAGUAGCAUUUUCAAACUCGUUCAUUCCAUUUGUAACCUCGUUGGCUUAGAUUCAUCUCUGUCAGGGUCAAAAGUAUAUUUAGAAGUUGUGAUGGGAGAACAACAAUAAUGCGCGUUUGUUGGUUAUAUCUAACAACAAAUUAUUGAAGUCCAACUGGUUUAUGAUUU